AUAUAAUAACUUAAUAUUAGCUGUUACCUAACAGUACAAGAUGAGGUUUUCACUAGCAAUACUUCUUGUACUCGCAUGCUAUUUACAGAUUGACCAGGUGCAGUCAAGACGAGAACCAGUAUGUCGUGGACUACCUGUGUGCGGAACCGAUGGAACGACAUAUAAGAAUAAAUGUUUGGCUAAUCGACGAGGUGCCACCGUGAAGUGCGAUAGAAAAUGCCCGUGUAAGCCCGACUGUAUAUGUACCGCGGACUACAAACCAGUAUGUGGGGCGAAUGGUAAAACCUACAGCAACGGGUGCAUGGCCAAUUGCGCAGGUGUUAAAACCAAGUGCAAAGGCACUUGUCCAUGUCGACCAUGUGCUUGUCCAUUCAGCCUGAAGCCAGUAUGCGGGGCGGACAAAAAGACAUACCCAAAUUCGUGUACAGCUUCUUGCAAACGUGUAAAGGUUCUGUGCAAUGGCAAGUGUCCGUGUCGACAAAUGUGUAAAUGCCCCGGUACCAAAAGUCCAGUAUGCGGGGUGAACGGACAGACAUACAAAAACGCAUGUGAAGCUUCAUGCAAGGGUGUUAAAACCAAGUGCAAAGGCACUUGUCCAUGUCGACCAUGUGCUUGUCCAUUCAGCCUGAAGCCAGUAUGCGGGGCGGACAAAAAGACAUACCCCAAUUCGUGUACAGCUUCUUGCAAGUAUGUGUGUUAUCAUAUAUUUCAAUUAUACACCACUUUAUUUCUUUAUUAAGUUUUCAUUAUAUAU